AACCCUAGAGCUUCUACAAUCCACAAAGACCGAACCCAUUUUUUUCUGACGCCAAAUCUGUUCUUCGAAUCAUUUACUCUGUUUGUUCCCGAGAAACUCCAAGAAAAUCCCUAGCAAGGGGAAGAUGCCAAGUCCGCAGAGAAGCUGAGGAAGAAGACACACGAAGCAGAGAGAAAGUAGAGAUUGCCUUCCCGGAAACCUGUAGUUUGACACAGAUUCUCCUAGCCCCAGCCUUCUUCUUCCUUGCCCACAAUGAAGCUCGUCAGGUUUUUGAUGAAGCUGAACAACGAGACCGUGUCGAUCGAGCUCAAAAAUGGCACUGUUGUUCACGGAACUAUCACAGGUGUGGAUAUCAGUAUGAAUACACACUUGAAGACAGUGAAACUUACAUUGAAGGGAAAAAAUCCAGUGACUCUGGAUCAUCUCAGCGUGAGGGGUAACAAUAUUCGAUAUUACAUCCUUCCUGACAGCUUGAAUCUUGAGACUUUGCUGGUUGAAGAGGCACCUAGGGUCAAGCCCAAGAAGCCAACUGCUGGGAAGCCUUUGGGACGGGGACGUGGCCGUGGACGUGGGCGCGGACGUGGUCGUGGCCGUUAAGUCAUACUGCACUUGUUUCAAUUUUUGCAGCACCUGGUUAUGUAAAAACCUAAGUUGUAGGGAGAAUUUUAUCGGUGAUCUUAGGGGCAUGAAAAGACUGGGAUUGCUAUUUAAUCUUGUAUUUUGAGUUUGUCUAUGCUUGGUAUUUUCUUAAAAUGCCUUUUGUGUGC